UGGCCGCGCGCAAUGCGGUCGGUAGAGUCAGUGUUUGUACGAACAUACUUCCAAUGUUUUGAUUUUUGCAAGGGCGAACUGGCCCUGAAUAGAGUUGCGUUUGUAUGAUUAGGAAUCACGCGAAAGUAGAGUCAGUGUUUGCUGCGUAUUAUAUUAUAAAAUGUUUUCUAGAGCAUCGCGGCUCUGAUUUUUCUUUUUCCAUCGCGAAAGUAGAGUCUAUAAUUGUUCGCCGGAAAUUAUUCACGGUCGUGUUUCUAGUACUUUAUAUCUUUAUUUUUAUUUUUAAUUUUUUUUUUUUAUUGCUCGCUAUAUCCGGUAUUAGAGUCACGGCAACACUGAAGAGGAGUCUUGGGCGUUGCUCCAUAAGGAAAGAGUAUGAAUUUUUGAACUUUGGCGAGUUCCUGGACAUUCCUGAUGGCUUCCAUCUUCUCCUGUAAGGCAACCUCCUAUCUGGGGUGCAUCCUCCUACCUAGUUGUUGACUGUCGGAAGAAGAGUAUAUCUGCGAACGGAUGCUCUGGAUACCAAGAAAUGGGUCGAUUCGUCGACGAAUAAUCGAACUAGUUUCGAUUCAGGACAGAAGAAGGGGAACGUCUAUGUCCUGGAAAUGGAGGAGAAGAAGAAGAGCGUGCAGGAGUGCCUGGAGGAUUACAAUCCUUACGAACACAGAGACGUGGAACAUCCAACAACGAACAUGGAAACGUUCAUUCAUUUGUUGAAAGGAAGUUUAGGAACUGGUAUUCUAGCUAUGCCUAAUGCUUUCCAUCAUUCAGGAUAUGCAGUUGGUAUAGUGGCUACUAUAGUCAUUGGUCUACUUUGUACUUAUUGUAUAAGAAUUCUCGUCAGUUCGGAAUAUGAAUUAUGUAAAAGGAAGAAGGUACCUUCUCUAACUUACCCUGCCACCGCAGAAGCUGCACUCCUAGCGGGUCCAGCACCCUUUAGGCGAUUUGCUAAAACAUCAAUUCAUGUGAUAAACAUAUUCCUUAUGGUGUAUCAGUUGGGAACUUGCUGCGUCUAUACGGUAUUCAUUGGCAAGAAUUUACAUAAGGCAUUGGAUCCCUAUAUGCCAAACGUCGAUGUCAGACUGUACAUGUUGGCGAUGCUAUUGCCAUUGAUUCUUGUUAAUUGGAUCAGAAAUCUGAAAUUUCUGGCGCCGUGUUCGACCAUUGCUAAUUGCAUCACGUUCGCCAGUUUCGGUAUAAUUCUCUACUAUAUCUUCAGGGAGCCGUUGUCUUUCGAAAACCGGGAGCCGAUCGGACACGUUGCGAACUUUCCACUAUAUUUCGGUACCGUGUUGUUCGCCCUGGAAGCUAUAGGCGUGAUUAUGCCGCUGGAGAACGAGAUGAAGAAGCCCAAGUACUUCAUGAAGUCCUUCGGUGUUCUAAACAUAGGAAUGGGUACCAUCGUAGCUCUGUACACAAUGAUCGGCUUUUUUGGAUAUAUCCGUUACGGUAGCAAUGUCUAUGGUAGCAUCACCUUGAACUUGGUAGACGAGCCUAAAGGACUUGCGUUGUCGGUACAGAUCCUCUUAUCAUUGGCCAUUUUUUUCACUCAUCCAAUUCAAUGCUACGUAGCAAUCGACAUCGUCUGGAACGAGUAUCUCGCGCCAAAUAUGGAGAAAAAUUCUCACAAACUCCUCUGGGAGUACGUCGUAAGGACCUCGCUGGUUCUACUUACAUUCCUGUUAGCUAUAGUCGUUCCAAAAUUGGAAUCCUUCAUAUCACUGUUCGGUGCUCUGUGUUUAUCCGGCUUGGGCUUGAUUUUCCCCGCCGUCAUUCAAACCUGCACGUUCUGGAACGUGUACAGUGGUACAGAGAGGACCUUGAUGUUAGCCAAGAACAUAUCCUUGAUCCUGUUCGGAUUGCUCGGCCUCGUGGUUGGAACGUACACGAGUCUCCGGGACAUCGUAGGCGACUUCUCUUGAAUCGUUCGAAACGAAAUGUUAAAAGAGGAGAACACGAAGAUAGGUGACAAGAAGAGUUUUGAAGGAGAAGAGAAAAGAAGAUUGGUUGCUCUUUGUGAGCAAUACCAUGAGAUAAUGUGAUAUAGAUAGCGAAUGCAAUCGGUUCUUUGAAAAGAUUGAACUGAGUCUGGUAUCGGACGAGAUGAUCUUCUUGUUUGCCGGGGAUGUAUUUUAUAAAUACGCAUUGAUCGAGUUUGUUGAGCGAAAGAAAAGUAUCGGAUGAGAAAAAGGAAGGUAAAGGACGACUUAUUGUUUAGCACGUCCACGGUUGGAUGAAUGGCUCAAGGAUCGUGUUUCGUUGUAAAUCAUAUCACGAUCUAUGUUUUGUUGUUUUUCGUUUGUUCCUUCUGACACGGAAUCUGUUUUUAUCCUUUGUUUUACGGCCGUGUAUUUUUUUUAAUUGUCACAGACGAGAAAAUAUUUCAUUGGAAGACCCCGCGUGAUAUUUAAAUAUAAUUGGUUUCGAGAAUUCACGAAUAAAUCGAUUUAUAGAAACUAA